UAGGGUUUACCCCCAUUUCCUUUCCUUUCACUUCCUCGGAUUCGUGCUCCUCCUCUGCAGAACCUCCUCCAUUUCUAACCUUCCACCGCCGAUAUCUCCUGCUGGUUUCCCUUCCGGCGGCAGAUAUCCCCUUCCUCACCUCCCCCUUCCCUCUCCCCUCAUUAAAAAAAAACCCCACAAAAAAAAAAAAAAUUGGCUACUGAUUAUUUCUUUUGAUUUAUCUUUUAUCGUAUCUUUAGCGUUUGUUAGAGAAUAACCAGGGGAGAGGGAAGAGAAAAAUCCCAAAAAACAGAAAAUUUUUUUUGUUUGUUUGGAGAAGGAAAAGGGUUUCUUUUUAGGGAUGGCGCAGGUUCAGAUGCAGGGACAGAAUUCGAAUGUGAACAAUGGUGGAGGAGGGAAUCAGUUUGUGCCGACGUCGCUUUACGUCGGCGAUUUGGAUGUGAACGUGACGGAUUCGCAGCUCUACGAUUUCUUUAACCAAAUCGGUCAGGUUGUCACGGUUCGAGUAUGCAGGGACGUCAACACCCGGCGAUCACUAGGCUAUGGUUACGUCAACUAUAGCAGCGCCCAAGAUGCUGCAAGGGCAUUGGAUGUGUUGAAUUUCUCUAUUCUGAAUGGAAGGCCUAUCAGAAUUAUGUAUUCUCACCGUGACCCAAGUCUACGCAAAAGUGGUGCUGGAAAUAUCUUUAUCAAGAAUUUAGAUAAGUCAAUUGACCACAAAGCUUUGCAUGAAACUUUUUCUGCAUUUGGCAACAUUCUAUCUUGCAAAGUAGCUACAGACUCUUCUGGCCAAUCAAAAGGCUAUGGGUUUGUACAAUAUGACAAUGAGGAAUCUGCCCAAAAAGCUAUAGAUCAGUUGAAUGGCAUGCUGUUGAAUGAUAAGCCAGUCUAUGUGGGACCAUUCGUUCGUAAGCAAGAAAGAGACACUGCUACUAACAAGACAAAAUUCAAUAACGUCUAUGUAAAGAAUCUCUCAGAAUCAACAACUGAUGAGGAUCUGCAGAAGAUUUUUGGUGAAUUUGGAACUACUACCAGUGCUGUAGUGAUGAGGGAUGCUGAUGGGAAAUCAAAGGGCUUUGGAUUUAUCAACUUUGAGGAUGCGGAUGAUGCUGCUAGUGCUGUUGAGUCUCUGAAUGGAAAGAAAUUUGAUGAUAAAGAGUGGUAUGUUGGGAAAGCUCAAAAGAAAUCUGAAAGGGAAGUUGAGCUAAAACUUCGAUUUGAGCAGAGUAUGAAGGAUGCUGCUGAUAAAUAUCAAGGGGCAAACUUGUAUGUAAAGAAUUUGGAUGAUAGCAUAGGUGAUGAUAAACUUAAGGAGCUUUUCUCUCAGUUUGGGACCAUAACAUCAUGCAAGGUCAUGAGAGACCCUAGUGGAAUAAGUAAAGGAUCAGGGUUUGUUGCAUUUUCAACCCCUGAAGAAGCAUCUAGAGCUCUCAUGGAGAUGAAUGGCAAAAUGGUUGUGAGUAAGCCUCUGUAUGUUGCUCUUGCACAACGGAAGGAAGAUAGAAGAGCUAGGUUACAGGCCCAAUUUUCUCAAAUGAGGCCAGUGGCAAUGGCACCUCCAGUUGCUUCUCGCAUGCCAAUGUACCCGCCUGGUGGUCCAGGUAUUGGGCAACAAAUCUUUUAUGGUCAAGCACCCCCUGCUAUCAUUCCUCCUCAGCCUGGAUUUGGAUAUCAACAGCAGCUUGUCCCAGGUAUGAGGCCUGGUGGGGCUCCCAUGCCAAACUUCUUUGUGCCAAUGGUGCAGCAGGGCCAGCAGGGUCAGCGUCCUGGUGGUAGAAGGGCAGGGGCUGUUCAGCAAAAUCAGCAACCAGUUCCAUUAAUACAACAGCAGAUGUUUCCUCGAGGACGUGUUUAUCGUUAUCCUUCUGGGCGUGGCCUGCCUGAUGUUUCAAUGCCUGGUGUUGCUGGAGGCAUGCUUUCUGUUCCAUAUGACAUGGGUGGCAUGCCCCUGCGUGACGCAUCAAUAUCACAGCCAAUCCCAAUUGGCGCUCUGGCUUCAGCACUUGCAAAUGCAGCCCCAGACCACCAGAGAACGAUGCUGGGUGAGAAUCUGUAUCCCCUCGUGGAACAGCUGGAGCCAGAAGCAGCAGCCAAGGUAACUGGGAUGCUUCUGGAGAUGGAUCAGCCUGAGGUUUUACACUUGCUUGAGUCACCAGAAGCUCUUAAGGCAAAGGUAGCAGAGGCAAUGGAAGUUCUUAUGAGUGUUGCUCAGCAGCAGCAGGUCGGUGGUGCAGCUGAUCAACUGGCCUCGCUGUCUCUGAAUGACAACCUUGUCUCCUGAGUUUUGGAUCACAAAUUGCUUUUGUUGUGUUGCAUCUAUAGAGUUUGAACUGAGUUUUCUGACUAGAAUAGGAAUUGGUAUUGGCUUACUUGAGUGGGUUUUGGUCAUUACAUUUUAACACGUUGAAAUCCGUUCUUAAUUUAUUGGUGUGCAAUGGUAUGGAUUUCAAUUCUCUUGUAUGGAACUUGUAGGGCAUGUUUAAGUUUGCUCCACCACCAUACUCGAACGAGAAAGGCACAAGAAGGACACUAAAUGCCUUGGAAGUAU